AUGGGCGCCCAGUACAUGGAGUGCAGCAGCAAAGAGAUGCGCGGCGUCGACGAGAUUUUCGAAAAGGCCAUAAUGACCGUUGUCGCCAACGACCGCAGGAAUCUCGAGGCUCAGAUGGCCUCGGCUGGUCCCUCGUCGGGUGCGGGCGGCAACAUUGGCGGCGUCCCCAUUAAGCGUAAGAAGCGGAGUUGCAAGAUUCUCUAA